UCUGAGCCUCUGCAACUAUUUCGACAGUCAAAAUGUGAACUUUCGGGACAAGAAGGUGAUCGAGCUGGGCGCGGGGACCGGCAUCGUGGGAAUCUUGGCGGCGCUGCAGGGUGGCAGCAUCCUCGACCGACGCUUUCCGUAAACACUUUUGGCCCUCGCGCGGCUUCGUAGGCUGUCGUCUCACCUGUGCGCCCGCCGCUGGGGUGUCCGACUACUGGAGAGAUGUCACUGCUGCGUACCCUACGCUUGUGCCUGGUCUCGCAGACGGGGAGCCGCUCGGCGGGGUCCCUUCUGCUUCAGUCGCCCCAGCCAUCAUGGCACGCGUUUCACGCUGUCCCCUCGUUGUCUUCCUCCACCUCCAGCAAGGAGCUCCUUAUGAAGCUGCGGCGGAAAACGGGCUACUCCUUUGUAAACUGCAAGAAAGCUCUGGAGAGUUGUGGCGGGGAUCUCAAACAGGCAGAGGUUUGGCUGCACAAGCAGGCCCAGAAAGAGGGCUGGAGCAAAGCUGCAAAGCUCCAUGGGAGGAAGACUAAGGAAGGCCUGAUUGGGCUCCUUCGGGAAGGAAACACAGCUGUAUUAGUAGAGGUAAACUGUGAGACAGAUUUUGUCUCCAGAAAUCUAAAAUUUCAACAGCUGGUCCAGCAAGUAGCCCUGGGAACCAUGUUACAUUGUCAGGGCAUUGAGGAUCAACUCUCUACGUACAGUAAAGGCUUCCUGAAUUCCUCUGAGCUUUCUGGACUUCCAGCUGGGCCUGACAGAGAAGGCUCUCUCAAGGAUCACUUAGCAUUAGCAAUUGGUAAGCUGGGAGAAAACAUGACUCUCAAGCGAGCUGCCUGGGUGAAAGUGCCGUUGGGGUUCUAUGUUGGCUCUUAUGUGCAUGGAGUAAUGCACAGCCCCUCACUCCAUAACCUAGUGCUGGGGAAGUACGGGGCCCUGGUCAUCUGCGAGGCUUCUGAGCAGAACGCAAACUUGGAGGACAUUGGUCGCCGCUUGGGACAGCAUGUGGUGGGCAUGGCCCCUCUCUCUGUUGGCUCCCUGGAAGAUGAGCCUGGAGGAGAAACCGAGACGAAGAUGCUGUCCCAGCCGUACUUGCUGGAUCCUUCUAUCACACUGGGACAGUAUGUGCAGCCCCAGGGUGUGUCUGUAGUGGACUUUGUGCGCUUUGAAUGUGGAGAAGGUGAGGAGAUAGCAGAUAUCCAAUAGCUUCCUGAGACUUUUGGCCCAGGAGGAAAUAUUUAUUUUUAGAUCUGGACAUCAUUGUAAAAAGUUAUUUCCUAAGCCUCUUCAACCCCUGAAUUUGUUCCUUCAUUUGAGUUUAUAAUGAAAUUAAAUACUUAUAUAAUUAAA